AUGUUUUCUCUUUCGAUUAUAAGUCUUUUUAUUUUCACUGUGAUUUCUUCGAUUAAUAGUCAAUGUAUCCAGCAUCAAUGUACGAUAGAAGAAGUCGGUUCAACAUGUUGUUUUAAUCUUGGUUGUUGUCCAGCUUCAAAUAAUAUCUGUUGUUCUAAUGAUCCAACAAGUUGUUGUUCAACUCAAUAUCCCGUUUGUUGUGGUGUUGGAAAAGGGUGUUGUCCUCAACGAUAUCCAGUUUGUUGUUCUACUCAUUGUUGUACAUCAGGUUCAUAUUGUUGUGGAACGAAAUGUUGUCGACAAGAUUUAUUAACAAAUCGUCUUAUUGAAAUAAAUGAUAAAAUAUCAAAAAUAAAUCAAUAUCAAAAAAUAAUGAUGAAACUUUAUCAUCAAUAA